AUGGAAGCUUAUUCCACUUAUCAUAGGGGCUUAUUUUUUGUGUAUGGUAGUGGAGGAACUGGAAAGACAUAUUUAUGGAACACUUUAAUUGCAAAAUUUCGAUCCGAUAAGAAAAUCAUUCUUUCAGUUGCAUCAUCAAGUAUUGCAGCUUUGCUUUUACCCGGGGGACAAACUGCCCAUUCUCAUUUCAAGAUUCCACUUGACCCUAAUAACUCAUCAUGUUGUUCAAUAAAUCAAGGGACAGAUUUGCCAAGGUUAAUUCAAGAGGCAUCAUUAAUUAUAUGGGAUGAAGCACCAAUGGUUAGUCGUCAUGCUUUUGAAGCUGUUGAUCGUACAUUUAGGAACAUAUUGAAAAAUAUAGAACAUUGUUCAGAGGAUAGGGUUUUUGGUGGAAAACUAUUUGUGCUUGGUGGUGACUUUAGACAAAUAUUGCUUGUCGUACCUAGAAGUGGGUGUGAACAAACAGUGGAAGCUUCAUUACCUAAGUCAACAAUUUGGGAGCAUUGUCAAGUUUUGCAUCUUACCAGAAAUAUGCGUGUUAUAGCACAAGAUAUUUCUAAUCAUACGCAUCAUGAAUUACGUGACUUUGCAGAGUGA